UUCCCCAACGCAAGCUAACCCGGUCAGCCUGUACUGCUCCGGCGAUGCCUUUUCCUUCAUAGGCUCACCUCUUUGCGCUGCUUCUUAUCCAUCCCCGUGCCCCAUGGCUUCUACCGGCUGCUGCAAGGAAUGGCCGGGGGAUGAAGGUGCUGCGCGAAUCGACCUGGGACGCUGCUGCCGCACAACGGCGAGCUCAACGAGCCUGACGACGACGGCAAGCAGCGACCUGGAAGGGGAGGAGGGGCAUGCCUGGGCCGCCGCGCUUCCUCGACCGCUGUGACACCCUCCAUGAUGGGCGCCCCAAGAUUCUUCGGCUGCAGGAAGCGUCUGGCGGCAGCGGCGCGUCUCCAGCCAAAUCCGGUCAAAUCCAAUGGAAAAACAGCCCUCCUGCCCAGCCAAACGACCAAGCCCCAAUAGCAGAACCCAAUGGUCGUCACGCAGCAGAUGCUGUCCAACCAAGUUUGUGUUUCCACAUUGCUUCUUAUGGCAUUGAAAGCGUCUUCAAAGGCUUCCUCUUCCUCAUACUUGUACAUGCAAGCACUGAAAUCAGCAAGUACAUUUGGUCCAUCCUCGUCUUUUUUCUUAUGAGCUUCACCAUACAUCAAGUCCCUUUGUCGCCUGGUUCGCAAGUGGUUCUUGCGAUCACGACAUGUGUAGCCAAGGUUCAGUGGACCACCAACUUGUCGACUUGCUAACUCAUGGGCUUUUCUCGGUACAAUUCCUGAAUCAUCUGUUGUUUCAAUUUCAAAUGCUUGCAAGGCUGAAAUCUUCCUCUGUGAUGGCAUCAAGUGGCUU